AUGCCGCGCCGCAGGGCCCAGCGCAUCACGGAGCAGGCCGAGCCCAGCACGUCGUCGGCCUGCCCCUCUAGCGAUGCCGAGACGCUGGAUGAGGGCCGAGGUGCCGACAGCGGCACCACCGACGAGCCGCUCUCUCAGCCAGCCGAGCCGUCGUCACCUGCCGCGCCGCGCUGCGGUGGUGGCACGCUGCGCGGUCGGCCCCGCAUGCUGUGGAGCCCAGAGCUGCACAAGGAGUUUGAGGCGGCGGUGCACAAGCUGGGCGGCCCCUUCUCGGCAACCCCCAAAUGCAUCCUGGAAAUGAUGGGGACCAAGGGGCUCAGCCUCACCAACGUGAAGAGCCACCUUCAGAAGUUCCGGCUCAAGGCGCACAAGCGAGCGCAGCUGCAGGCGGCCGAGGCCGAAGCCACAGCAGUGGCGGUGGCCGGCAGCCCACGCCCAACAAAAGCGGGGCGAGCCGGCGGGGGAGUUGCCAGCACUGGCAGCCUGCCGGCUGGCCUGUCAGCUGCUGUGCUGCCAAACAACAUGGUGCCUAUUACCACAGCAGGUGCAGUGGCAGCAGGCCAGCAGGGGGAGGUCAGCUUUGCAGACCCUGAGCUGGCUGCCCAGGCGGCAGCGUGGCAGCGCAAGCGCCUGGGUCUGGUGGCAGCCAUCCAGGGUGCGCUGCAGGCGUGCCAAAGCCCCACGGCGCAUUUGUCCCAGCAUCAUGAGCAGGCGGUGGUUCAGUGGCAGCUUGAGAACCUGCACUGCCUGCACGUGCUCCACUCCCUGCACAUGAUGCAGAUGCGGCAGCACCUUGCAGCGGCUGCAUGCCUGAAGGAGAAGGCGCAGCAGGCCGCCGCCAAUGCCCCUCUGCCUCCAGAGGCUCUGCAGCUGGUGACUUGA